AUGCUUGAAGCUGCACCGCUAAUACAGACUGAAGAUCAAUAUGGCCAGGUGCUGCUGAAUUGCUCCAAACGCUGGACCAAUGUGUCUGCACACGGAGGAUUUAAGGGGCGAGCUGCGCACUCGGCGACAGCUCUUGACGACAAGUCGAUCUUGAUCUUCGGUGGUUGGUGUCAGAAGGAAGGUAAAAUAUCGUGCUUUGAUGAUGUGUGGCUGUUCGAUGCGUUGCAACGACGGUGGACGGAGGUUGUGCUUGCCGCGGACUCAGACAAGCCAGAAGCACGUGGAGGCCAUGCUGCCGGGGGCUGGCCUGGACAUGUCAUCGUAUAUGGGGGUGAGUCAGAGCGGCGGCAAUUGCGGGAUUGCUGGUUACUGAGAAUUGACCAAUCGCGGUGGCAUCGGGUCCAAGCAUCUGGCAGGCAGCCAGGGCCAAGGUUAGGAUGUUGUGGUUUGGUGAUGGUGCAUUCGUGUCUUGUGUUGGGCGACUGCAGAACCAGCGAUGUGGCACAGCUGGACUUGGCUACAGCUUGUUGGAAAUCUUGCAGGGGCGAUGGAGAAGUUCCAGAUGCCCGGGAAUUUUACCAAGUCGCCCAAUGUAAUGCCACGAGCUUCGUUGUUUGCGGUGGACGACCUCAUCCCGAGCAGCAGGACAUGUCAAUGUUUCUGGCUGAUAUCUUAGUUCCCAUGCCGUCAGAUACAGAUGACUCAGAUGAUAUUUUAACUAUUAGAUGGUCGCGUGUGAUUUCUCAGGGCAGUCCGCCAGUGGACCGUUUUGGAUGCGGUCUUGUUGCCUUGACUGGAUCUUACAUGGUAAUCUUCGGCGGAACCAGCAAGAGAGGGCAGGAAGAGGAUGCAUACGUGUGCCUCCUGGAUCGAAGCGUGGACUGUAAAGCCACCUGGGCUCAGGUGAACGACUCUGGAGACAGCCAGCCGACAAAGCGAGAUGGCUUUGUGAUGGUUGGGCUACCUGAUUCGAGUGGUAUCGGCACGCGGAUAUUCUUGUCUGGUGGGGGAGUGUGGAAUGACAACUUGUACCACAGUGACACGUGGGUCUUUGACAUCAACAUCCAUGAUGACGUGAAGAAGGCAAUAUCUGAUUCUCAGGGCGCAUUCGUGAAAAGGGUUGUGGGUGUCGUCCGCUUGCUCUUUGAAGAUGUUAUCCAAGGGGUAUUGCAGAUCCUUUUUUUGGCUGAGUUCUGGCAGAAACUGCACUGGACGAGCCGUGCGUUCACUAUUAGCUCUGUCGUUGCAGGACUGGCAUGUUCCGCGGGCGGACCUGUCAACGAAUAUAUUGCAGAGCUGCGUCAUCGUGAAGACCAGCGUCGCCUGCAGCAGAGUGUCGAGAGAUUGCGGGCAGAAACAACGCUGCAAAGCUCGUGGAAGAAGGAGGCAAUCUGCUAG